AUGGAACUCGCUUACUUGUACACAAAAAAGCGCGAAAGCUUUGGACGCUAUUGCGACUUUCGCGAUGUUGAUGCCCAGGUGCUUGAAUGUAUCCCGGACACUGAUUCCUUGGAGAAUGAGUACGUGAGGCGAAGACCGAUGGUGACUAGGCUCGACACGAUGCCACACAUGUCGGAGCACGAGGUCAAUACAGAGAGACUAGUGACUAAGCACAGCAGUAUGCGCCACGUGGAGGGUGGAUGGCCAAAGGAUGUAGAUCCGGCAGAACAGAGCGACGUGCAGCGAUUUCGAAAAAAAGCGGAGAAGGAUGACGAUUACAAGCAAGCAGUUAAGGCUCUUGGACCGAUAGUGGAACGCGCACUCAAGCAGAACAACACCAUUAAUAUUUAUGAGGACUACUUUGCAGACAUGGGCGAGGCAGCCACGACCGAACAGCCUAGUGCCAAGGGUCUUGCAGUCUUUCGCGAUCCUGAGCCGGUCAAGCGCACAAUUUCGCAGAUUGACUGGCAUCCCGAAAGUCCGCAAAAAAUGGCAGCGUGUUACUGCAUCCUAAAUUUUCAGGAUCCCAAGUUUGCAUCGGCACGGCUUCCAGCCAAUUCUUAUAUUUGGGAUGUUUUAAAUCCAAACAUACCUGAGACCACUCUGAAACCAGCCUCCCCGUUGGUGUGUAUGAGGUACAACCCCAAAUCCGUUGACCAAUUAGUUGGUGGCUUGUACAAUGGAAUUGUUUCUUUUUUCGAUCUCCGCAAGUCUGGCUCGACUCCUGCAGAAUCGUCGACUAUCGAGCACUCACAUCACGACCCCGUCUACGACAUCUUUUGGGUUUCCAGCAAGACGGGAAACCAGUGCUGCUCUGUUUCAACUGAUGGCUGGAUGCUUUGGUGGGACAUUCGUCAUCUCGCUCAGCCGACACAAAAGUUGCUUUUGACCGAUAAGGAUGGUGUGGCAUUCGGUGGAUCGUCUUUGGAGUACAACACGGAAGCUGGUCCUACUAAAUACCUUGUGGGGACAGAGCAAGGUGCCGUUGUUAGUGUAAACAUGAGAAACGUUAAGCAGAACAAUGGCAUCACACUUUAUGACACUGGAGCAGGAAAACAUCACGGACCUGUAAGUGCCAUCCAGCGCAAUCCGACGCACAACAAAUUCUUUCUCACCAUCGGUGAUUGGACUGCUCGCUUAUGGUGCGAGGAUCUCAAGACUCCCAUCAUGAGCACGAUAUAUCACGACUCGUAUGUUACUGCAGGCUGCUGGUCGCCUACACGAGCGGGAGUCUUCUUUGUUACUCGAAUGGAUGGCGUAGUGGACAUCUGGGACUUUUUCUAUCGACAAAAUGAGGUGGCGUACUCGCACAAGGUUGGAGAUGUAGCGCUAUCAUCCAUCACUGUGCAGGGUUACGCUGGAUAUGGGGGUAAGCUUGUUGCUGUGGGGGACUGCAACGGUAUGAUCACACUAUUGGAGCUGUCUGAUGGCCUUGCUGUAUCACAACUUAAUGAAAAAGCUGCUAUGAACGGUAUGUUUGAGCGCGAAGCGAAAAGAGAGAAAAAUUUGGAGGCCAAAGAAAAGGAGCUGCGACGAAAGAUGGCCUUGAUGACAGAAGGAUCGACUGAUGAUCGUGGCGGAAACUACAAAGACGAUAAGAUGGAGGAGCUGUUGCGCACGGUCGACGCAAAUUUCUUAGGAAUGAUUAAAGAAGCGGAGGACUCGGAGAAUAGGAACAUGGAUCACAAGAUUAGCGACGGGCUUGGCGACAAGGGCGACGCAAAUUAG